AUGGUAGUAAAUGUACAAUAUGCACACGAUCCGGAAAAAUGGCACUCGGAUGAUUCAGGUAUGUUGAGAAUAUUCACCUGGACCUAGUACAACAUGGCAAAAAUUGGUGUCUCGAAAUUUCAUUGGCAAACUUGGUGAACCUAAAACUAUUUUUUUUCGGGGUGGAGAAGCACAAAAAAUUGUAGUAAAUAUCGUCGAACGACCUUAUCUUCUUUAUUUUUUACUAUUUUCAGUGAAUCCAGACGCAGAAAUCCCCAUAGAAGGUCCCACAAAUGAUGCCUCGCAAGGACGAAAACAGAUGAGAAACCUAUCCGGAGCACACAAGAUGCGUUAUCCACAUGUAUUUGUUGUUUCUGAGAAUCGAAAUAAACGUUUAUAAUAUAAUCUGCACUGUGCGUAAUUCUGGGUUACAAAUAAGUAAAAAAUCCUUAUUUGUAAAUAUAAGUAAAUUUGGAGCGCGCCGAAAAUAAAGUUUACAUAUAAGUAAUUUCAGAAUUACUUAUAUGUACGAUUAUUUACUUAUAUGUACGUUUAUUUACUUAUAUAAACUUCAAUUUCAUAUAAGUAAAAAAGACGUACAUAUAAGUAAAUCCGAGUUCCCUGUGUUAAUUUUUUUUUUUUUUUAAUUAUGCACAAACAAACUUUUUUCAAGAUGUACUGUUCGCCUAGGUGCACAAUUCGCUUAGGUGCCCUUUUCGUUAGGUGCACUAUUCGUCAGGUGCACUGUUUGGACCGAAUAAUCACGCCAGGCCCCAUGUUGAAAAACUGGUCAAGGACACCCUAGAACAGGUGAGGUGGGAGGCCCUACCCCACCCGCUAUGCUCGCCGGAUGCUGCACUUUCAAAUUAUCACUUGUUUCGACCGAUGGCAAACGAUCUGUGCCAGUAGCGCUUCGCUGAGCUCAAUGAUGCCAAGAAUUGGGUUGAGUUUGGAUGGCUUCAAAACAAACAAAAUUUUUCUUUGAUGGAUUCGAAAGACGUGUGAAAUUUGCAGUUAUCAUAGAGCAAAGAGAUAUCUUUCUAUUAGCAUUUUCUUAAAGUGCAUGAACAUUUGCACUGUGCAUUUCGCUUUCUUCGCGCGACACGAUCCUUUUCAAAACAUUUUUGCACGGUGCAAUUGUCUCAAGUUUCGCGGCGGCGCAAUGGAAAAAAGCUUAUGUCGCAGCGAUUUUGUUUGAGAAAUCAAAUUGCACUGUGCAGUCGACCUUUUUCUUGCACAGUGCGGCGAGCGACGAAAAGUCCAUGCACUUUAUGAAAAUGCUAAUAGCCAUGCCACUUACGACAAUUUAAAAAAACUUAAUUUGUAAUCAACGCUGAACACGGCAAUCACUCUGAUUGAUUAUCUGGACUCGUCUCUUGGGGUCUCCCGAGUGACUACGUUUAGUACAAACUGGUAUGCCAGUUCAGUGCAGAAAAAUCUCAUCUUCGGAGACUGACUCCCAAAAGUUACCCAAAGUUUUAUGGCCCCUUUGUCCCUGUAUUCAUGAUACUCACGGCCGUAGGCUUUAUAUUAUUAAUAUGACCUCUUACUGGACUUGUCUCAAAAUAAGGCCAAGGCUUAUUCUUAGCCUUGCUUGGACGUAGGUUGUCUCGUUUGCCGUCUAUGCUUCCAAAUUUGUGCGUCUCUCUCAUAUAUGCACAAAAUGUCGGCUGAUCACAAGUGCCACCCUUGAGCGACUAUUUUUCCGCAAUUUUCUGUCGGUUUCCUUGGUUAUACAAGUUACAAAAAGCUGAUGAAGGUUGAAGAAUUGCAGUAAUCAGAGAACAGUCAUAAAGAGUACCUACCCUUUAGCAAAGCAAUGUUUUGUUUUAUGAGUUGCUUUGCAAUAUGAUACGCAAUGUGAACGCCAUUAUGAGAAGGGAUUCGGCCGUCGAACGCCUUGCCUGCCGUUGGAUGACAAUUGUUUUCAACUUUUUUAGUCUCUUGAGAAACAUUUCGUCUGCAAGUUUCGCUUAUAUUUACCUUAUCUUUUAGACUUUAUUGAGGAAAUUCAAGACAUUUUAGUUUAAAAAUUGUAGACUUUCCCCAGGUUUUAUCCUUUCAUUUAUGCUGCUAUGACAUUAAAAUCCUAGUAGCUAAAGAUAAAGACUUUUAUAAAUGGAUGUUUUUGAGAGACUUGGACCGGUCAGUUAUAUUUAGAAAGUAGUGAGCAUCAAUUUUGAUUGUCCAGAAAUUGUUUUCCCCAGGGAUAAAUGGGCCUCAAAUCGAUCCCAGUCCUCGGGAUGAGGAGGUGUUUCUUCUUCUUUUCCCUGAGGUGUUCGUACCUCCGGCCCUAAAGUUUUCAAACAGCCGUUUCCCCCUCGCAUUUACACCCUCUCAAGUAUUUUUGAUUUCAAUUUGAGGAGUUUUGUGAUCUUGUAAAUGGGUAAAAAUGACUUUACAUUGUCGUUUGGAGGUUAUCUAGGUUGUUUAAAUCAUAUACCGAUUUUCAAGGGCAGAUAUUUUCGUUAGGACAUUAUAAGUACGGCCCGAGAGGGGGCAGCUGUCCUAUGCCUUGUCCUUAUCGUGCCUGUCACCAAAGCAAUCGUGCCUAACUUCAAUUCGUUUCAGAGUUUUUAAGGAGCACCCACUCUAAUAUCAUAGCUAUCUUUGUCGGUGUCCUAUUUCCCCUUGACAGCUGUCUUUUUAGGUGUUGUCGCUUUUUUUUAAAUCACUGAAACCUCAAACCACAUCCUUUAUUAUUUUCCCUGAACUUCCUGUCAUGUCUGAAGACGAACUUUUGUAAGUAGUUCUCGUACUCUUGUUUUUUCGUUUGAAUUGUAGUUGGUUUCCCCUGAUUUUAAUAAUAAUGUACCCCUCUUACUCGAACUCUUCUCGUUACCGCACCGGCUCUUCCUUUCCAUCAUCGUCUUCGUAUAAUACAGCAUCCAGGUCAUCUUUCCACCCUUCUCUAAACUCGGGACCUUCCACCUCCUCUUCCGGCUUAACUCCCGGGUACCCAGGCUCAAGUAAUGCUCAACGCUUCAACUCUCCUUUACGGCUACCUGAGACUUCACUUGCGCUCGACCGUUCUGAUUCUCAAUACUCUGUACUCGGGUUACCGUCUUUGCAUAAUGGUGCAGCAUACGGUUCCCAGCCAUAUGGAGCUGGCUCUUAUCAGCCAAUGGGAACGCAAUAUCAACCAUCUCCUGCAGCCCCGCAAUAUCCUCUGGCAUAUGGAGCCCCUCAAUAUGCUGAGCCAACGCCUUUACAACCGCCUAAGCCGUCGCCAGCAGAACGGUAUUUUAGUAAAAGAGAUUCUUCAGCAGACAUACGGUCUACCAUAGGGCAAGGCCAACGGCAGGAUGACAUUACGGCCAGUGUACCCUCCGUCAAAGACUCCUGGGCCUCUGGCUAUCUGAAGAGAAGAAAAGAGGCCCGGGAAGAAGAAGAACGGUCUCAGCAAUGGGCCAUACUUGGAGGCCCUCCCAACGCCCAGCCAACUAGCUUUGAACCGAUCCAAGAAAGAUUACCCAGCAGAAGCCCCGAAAAAGAAAUCAUUAAGGCCAAGGAACCACCCACAAGUAAAGCCUUAGCCCUUCAACAAGAAUAUCUUCAGAGACUCCUGGCCGCGCAUAACACAGUUGACGAGCUUCUGAAGAAGAGAGGGAAGCAAGGCGACGAUGAAUCCAAAUACCUCAAGACCUACGAAUGGGGUCGCGACCGUGAGUCCACUCCAUUGCGUAGCACAUCCAGCGACAGUGACUCGGGCCUGUCCCUGGAUUCUUUACCAAGCCCCGAGGAGCCAAAAAGAUCAACUCCGAUUCGAGUAAUUGCCAGAAGGCGGUCAACCAUAACCCCAACUAAAUUAAUUUCAGCUGAAAUAAACGCUGAAGCAGCUGACUUCGCUAAGGAAGAAGAGUCAGAGGAAGUAAUUUUUUGUGUCCUUAUUGCGAUAUACGACGAGACCGAAGCAUCCUUUCCAGAAUCAGUGGGUUCACAGGAAGAAUUGAUCUCUCAAAGAGCAAAACCGAAAGCGGUUAAGAAGAGACUCAACGAAGCCAAGCAACAGGAUGAGAUACGUCUUGUCAUUCCAACGCCAAAGGAUGCCAAUUUUCACACCACUACAAAAACAUGUGAGCCGGAUGUUGAACUUAAGCACCCUCUCACAAAACCUUCUGGAACAGACCCGCCAGAGAAAGUAAACAGCCUCGAACCAACUGAUAACGAAACAUCUGUAAGCUAUGAUGACAAACAAAAAAGUGUGGAGAAUACAAAAGCCGAGCCAAAAACAUCGAAGAAAACUGUUAAUACGGAGUCCAAAGCUCCUGAAGUAACUCUAAAUGCUACCCCCUCUGCUCUACCAAAGUAUGCCCAACUGAAGGUACCAAGUCAUUCAAAAGCAACUACUGUAAAUUUACACUAUACCAGAGACAAGCCUGAUCCAAAAAAGGCGCAAAAAUUGGUCAAACAAAUUUCGAUUCAAGACGAAACAUUGCUGAAAUUCUCCUUACCAAAACAUACAGAAGCCAAGGAAACAACGUGCAUUCUUAGGAAACAGAAGGCCAAGAGUAUCACCUUCCAUGUCAAACGAAGAAGUUCAUUGGACGAAGGGUGCAAGAAACAAGGAUCUUUGAAUAUUCCCGAUUACAAUCCGAAAGACAGGAGCAACGAACAAAAAACUCCUGGGAAAUUGAAGAGACAGCAGACAGAACCCGAGUUGGAAGCCGAAAAAACAAGAAAAGUUGGGCGACUUCAGCUGCAACAACCGGCUGCAGGGAAGAACGAAAACACCAAGAAACUUAUUGUACCAAAAUUGAAAUUUAACCGCGAAAUGGUAUCUCAAAGCUCGACAGCGGCCAACUUUAGGAACAAACCUGAGAACCCCCAAUCGGCUUCCAUAUCCGUUCAACAUUGUAGCUUUUAUGAGAUCAGAGAACACUUCUCUGCACCCAACAAACAAAAAUGCCUCCGGAUUCAUCUACGACUCACCAACAGUAACGAUGAAGAGGAAUCUACAAAUACUGUUCAACCGUGCUCGGAACGAAAGCAAUCCGCAUUUUGUGAGAUUUCGGAUCCCAACUGGAAGGCAGAGGCGCAGAAAAGGAAGAAAGAGAGGGCCAAAAACCCAGUGACAACCUUCGCAAAUGGAGAGAAUUCAGUCAGGUCUAUUCAGGAUCGACUAAAAAAGAAGCAGGCUUAUGCUAGAGAGAUUCAGGAUGUGAGAGGAAACCUAAAGAGAGUGCCUAAAUUGACAAGCACCAAGCUGAAUAAACCCGAGUUACUUAACCAGUCAAGAAGAGACAUAGGGAAAAAAUCAAAGAAAAUGACAAAAUUACAGAAGAGGGACGCUCUGAGAGCUACCAAGGAUGAGAAACGUGAUGACAAAAAGAAGUUUGUUGGAAUCACUAAAAAAAGAGAAGACAACAAAGAUGAAGUCGCAAAUGUCAGAAUGGAAAAUAUCUCCGAACCACGACAUCCAACUCAAAUCGAGGAAUGGGAGACCAGAUUGAUCCAAGAGUUUAGACGACGUCUCCAUAUCCCAGUUCUGGAAGCAAUCUACAAACGGAUCUUCUGUUUCAACUGUACUAUUUGUCAUCUUCUUACAGGCCCCAAACCUCCUCCCAGAGCUAAAUUUAUUUCCCGAAGAUUGCCUGAAAGAUGGCCAAUUCCUGAAGCCGAGAAAACUGAGUUAGAGAAUUUCUUGGACGAAUGGUAUGACCAAUUACAACUCCAUCAUUCAUUGGAGUUGUUACGAUCCACAAGUUCAGAGCAUCAUGUCGCCGUUUUGAAUCCAUUUGGCGUGACUUUAAGGAAAGUGAGUCAUCAGAAGAUGCCGGUCUUCCGUCCAUCAAAGAAACCAAAGAGAAAAUUUGUACCUCGCUGGAGGAGGAAUAGGUAAAUUAUCAUCCUUCUUGGUUAGUGUGCUGUAGAUGAUUUUUAGUUUUUGUUUUUAUUAAUUCGAAGUGCUGUAAUAAUAUCAUUUCAGAAGCGGCGAAGAACUUGAAGAGGAAGAGGAAGAAGAGGAGCCCGAGAGUGAAGCCGCGCCUCCUCCGGCAGCUGUUGCGGAGGAUACCGCUGCUCCUUCCGCUGAAGGUGAAGAGGAGAAAGCCGUAGGGGGAGACGAGGAAAACGAGUAAGUUACGGGUAUAUAUUGUGCCAUAUAAUUAUUGUUGCUAUUGUCUCUUGAGUCUGUCUUUUUUAUCUUUGUAAUAUUCGCCGCUACGAAACAAAAAAGGUCAAAUGGAAGAAACGGUUUCUUGCUGGGAUCCUCUGAGCAGAUAAUAAAUCCUUUAGACCCCCACAAGAUGACGCUGGUGAGGAUGCAGCGCCAGAAGAAAGACGGUAGGCAGAAGUAUGCGGAUAAAGAUUGUUUAAGGCCUUCAAGAGUACCUCCACCCGCGACCGCAGAGCCAGAUCCGGAAUCAAUGACUGAGGCUGAACAGGCGAUGCUGGCUGCCAAGAAGAGACAUGAAGAAGAGCAAGCUCUAAAGAUGAUGGAUUCCGAAUCCAGAAGAAAAGCCGAGCUCCAGCAAGUGGAGGAAGAACUGAAGGUGUUGAAAGAACGACAGAUCGAAAGGAGGAAACAGCGAGCCAUAGAAGAACAAGAGUUUGCGGAACGUCGACGUCAAGAUGAAGAACGACGACGGAAGGAAGAGGAAGAGCGGAAACAAAAGCUGGAGGCGGAAAGAGCAAGAAGACAAGAGGAGAAGAUGCGGAAGAACAUGAUGAUGGCCGGAGCUCUUGGCAUGAGCGAGGUGCCUAUCGGGGAUGGACCCAAUUUUGUAGUAAGCAAGAGUGGGAAGGGACUGCUUGGAAACGAGGAACAAAAAAACAAAUUUGGACUAAGCAAAGAACAGAAAGAAGAGCAGAAGGUAUGUGUUAAUGAAAAUCUAUUACAUCUGCCGCAGCAAAAUUUUUUGGCCGCUAUCAACAAGCCAGAAGAUGUCAGCAACUGUUUACCCAAUGACAUCAAGGAGAAGAUCAAGCGACUUCACGCAAAGAUUGUUAAGUUGGAAGCCGAAAAAUAUGAUCUAGAGAUCCGCGAGGGCCGACAAGAAUAUGAUCUGAAAGAGUUGUUUGAACGUGAGAAACAAGUGGCGCGUCAGAAGGCCCUUAAGGCAGGAGUCGAACCUACCGAAGAGGAAGGCAACAGCAGAAGACCGGUGAGUAAUGACAAAAUAUUGUACGUUUUUAAUGACAAAAUAUUCAGACCAAGAAGAUCAUUUUCUCCAAAUUUGAUCGUCAAGUUGACCGACGUUCUUAUGGAGAUCGCCGGGAAUUAUUCGAGCAUGUAAGGUUACGUUACAUCACACUUUAAGUUAUCUCUUGUUAAGCCUGUCGUUAAACCUCCGCCCAGUAUUGUUCAUGGAAGUGGCAGACCUCCUCCAGAAUGGGGAAAGAGAGAUAUCGAAGAGCUAGAACAACUCAGGAAGAACCUCGAGCCCUUCAGAUAUCAAGAACAAGUCAAGGCCGAGGGUGAUGCAGCCAAACCUCCAGUCCCAGUUAUUCCUUUGCAAGUGCCAACCGAAGAAUUUGAUCCAACUUUAGCUCCCAAACCAGUAAUUAGUUAAAAUGCCGACUUUUAAAUGUUAGAAGACUCCAUCUUUAAAAAAUUUCUUUAUAGAAAGCACCAGCCGCCGGCGAAAAUCCUGAGCUAGAGAUUGUUGAAGAGCCCGUCGAUGGAGAAGCUGCUCCAGAAGAAACCGCAACUGCCUAA